AUGGCACGCGCCACUGAGGUACAUGACAACUCUUCACCAUCAUCAUCAACACAAAACCAUGAAACCAAAACGAACCAGAAAGUUCCAUUCUAUAAGCUCUUCAAUUUCGCCGAUCGUCUCGAUGUAACGUUGAUGAUCAUUGGCACUAUCGCUGCUGUGGCUAAUGGCUUGUCUCAGCCUCUCAUGACACUUAUCUUUGGGAAACUCAUCAAUGCUUUUGGUGGCUCUGAUUCAUCAGCCAUCGUUAAACAAGUUUCUAAGGUAUCACUGUUAUUUGUUUACUUGGCUGCUGGAGCUGGAAUAGCGUCGUUUCUACAGGUAUCUUGUUGGAUGGUGACAGGAGAAAGACAAGCUGCGAGGAUUCGUAGUUUGUACUUGAAAACAAUAUUGAAACAGGAUAUUGCGUUCUUUGACACUGAAACAAACACAGGAGAGGUGAUUGGUAGAAUGUCUGGUGACACAAUUCUCAUUCAAGAUGCAAUGGGAGAAAAGGUUGGGAAGUUUGUUCAGCUUGCUUCGAAUUUUUUUGGUGGCUUUGUGAUCGCGUUUAUAAAAGGAUGGCGUCUAGCUGUAGUUUUACUUGCAUGUAUGCCUUGUGUUAUUUUUGCUGGUGGUUUCAUGUCCAUGCUGAUGGCUAAAAUGUCAAGCCGCGGACAAGUUGCUUAUGCUGAAGCAGGAAAUGUGGUUGAUCAAACAGUUGGAGCCAUCAGAACAGUUGCAUCUUUUACUGGUGAGAAAAAAGCCAUAGAGAGGUAUAAUAGCAAGAUAAAAGUUGCUUAUACUACAAUGGUUCACCAAGGGAUAGUCUCAGGGUUAGGAAUGGGAACGCUUCUCUUAAUCGUUUUCUGCACUUAUGGACUUGCCAUGUGGUAUGGUUCCAAACUAGUUAUUGAGAAAGGAUAUAACGGUGGAAGUGUCAUUACUGUGAUCAUAGCUCUUAUGACUGGUGGAAUGGCACUAGGUCAGGCAUCCCCGUGCAUAAACGCAUUUGCUGCAGGACAAGCAGCAGCAUAUAAAAUGUUUGAGACAAUUAAAAGAAAGCCCAAAAUUGAUGCAUAUGACACAAGUGGUGUUGUCUUGGAAAACAUAAAGGGAGAUAUUGAACUCAAAGAUGUUUAUUUUAGAUACCCUGCAAGGCCAGAUGUGCAGAUAUUUGCUGGAUUCUCACUGUUUGUUCCAAGUGGCACAACUACUGCUUUGGUGGGUCAAAGUGGAAGUGGAAAGUCUACUGUAAUCAGUUUAUUGGAAAGAUUCUAUGAUCCUGAUGCUGGAGAAGUGCUUAUAGAUGGUGUGAAUUUGAAGAACUUGCAACUUAGAUGGAUAAGGGAACAGAUUGGGUUGGUUAGUCAAGAGCCUAUCUUGUUUACUACUACUAUCAGAGAGAACAUAGCAUACGGGAAAGAAGGUGCAACUGAUGAGGAGAUAACAGCAGCAAUAACACUUGCUAAUGCCAAAAAUUUCAUUGACAAACUGCCUCAGGGCCUUGACACCAUGGCGGGACAAAAUGGUACUCAACUUUCUGGGGGUCAAAAGCAAAGAAUUGCAAUUGCGAGAGCAAUAUUGAAGAACCCGAGGAUCCUGCUUCUUGAUGAAGCGACAAGUGCAUUGGAUGCUGAGUCAGAACGUAUUGUUCAAGAAGCAUUAGAAAAAAUUAUAGUAAAAAGGACUACUGUUGUUGUUGCGCAUCGUUUGACAACUAUCAGAAAUGCUGACACAAUAGCAGUGGUUCAUCAGGGAAAAAUCGUAGAGAGAGGAACUCAUAGCGAGUUAACCAUGGAUGCUUACGGUGCUUAUUCUCAACUUAUUCGUCUACAAGAAGGAGAAAAAGAAGCUGAAGGUAGCAGAACAUCUGAAGCAGAUAAGUCAGGUGACUGUUUAAAUAUAGAAAGUCACAUGGCUAGAUCUUCUACCCAAAGACGCUCUUUUAUGAGAUCAAUAAGCCAAAAAUCAUCAGCAAGUUUUGGGCGUUCUCAGUCACAAAGAGGCUUGUCUGGAGAAAUAAAAGGAGAUAUUGAACAAGGUCAACUUGAUAAUAAGGAAAAGCCCAAAAGGGUACCUCUAACGCGUUUGGCUAAGUUGAACAAGCCUGAGGUUCCUGUCAUACUGCUUGGAAGCAUUGCUGCAAUAAUACAUGGUGUCGUGUUCCCUAUAUUUGGCCUGUUGUUUUCAUCAGUCAUUAGUAUGUUUUUUAAACCUCCAGACCAGCAGAAGAAAGAGUCCAGGCUAUGGUCACUUCUAUAUGUAGGUUUGGGUUUCGUUACUCUAGUGGUUUUACCACUGCAGAAUUACUUCUUUGGGAUUGCUGGUGGAAAACUUAUUGAAAGAGUUCGUUCGUUGACAUUUGAAAAGAUUGUGCACCAAGAAAUUAGAUGGUUUGACAAUCCUGCAAAUUCAAGUGGUGCAGUAGGUGCAAGGCUAUCUACCGAUGCUUCAACUGUGAAAAGUCUUGUUGGUGACACAUUGGCCCUCGUUGUGCAAAAUAUAUCAACAAUCACAGCUGGUCUAGUUAUAGCAUUCACUGCUAAUUGGAUUCUUGCUUUUAUAGUUUUGGCUGUGUCACCUAUGGUUCUUAUGCAAGGAUUCGUUCAGAUGAAGUUUCUUAAAGGAUUCAGUGCUGAUGCCAAGGUGAUGUAUGAAGAGGCGAGUCAAGUGGCAAAUGAUGCUGUUAGUAGCAUAAGAACUGUUGCAUCAUUUUGUGCAGAAUCAAAGGUGAUGGACAUGUACAAGAAAAAGUGUUUAGGGCCAGAGAAACAAGGUGCUCGCUUGGGGCUUGUUAGUGGAGCAGGAUUUGGUUUCUCUUUUUUAGCUCUAUAUUGCACAAAUGCUUUCACUUUCUACAUAGGAUCUAUUUUAGUGCAACACGGGAAAGCAACGUUUCAAGAGGUUUUCAGGGUUUUCUUUUGUUUAACAAUGACAGCAAUCUCCGUUUCACAGUCUAGUGCAUUGGCACCAGAUGCUAACAAGGCGAAAGAUUCCACAGCUUCAAUAUUUGAAAUUCUUGACAGCAAACCUGAUAUUGAUUCCAGCAGCAAGGAGGGUGUAAUGCAAGAAACGGUAGUUGGUAAUAUUGAACUUCAACAUGUCAGCUUUAAUUACCCAACAAGGCCACACAUUCAAAUUUUCAGAGAUUUAAGCCUAAGCAUCCCGUCUGCAAAGACUGUUGCGUUGGUUGGAGAAAGUGGCAGUGGAAAAUCAACAGUUAUAAGCCUUUUAGAGAGAUUCUAUGACCCUGAUUCUGGACAUGUGUACCUAGAUGGAGUGGAUAUCACAAAGUUCAGAUUAAGCUGGUUGAGGCAACAAAUGGGUUUGGUUGGUCAAGAGCCUAUUCUUUUCAACGAAAGCAUUCGUGCCAACAUAGCUUAUGGCAAAGAGGGAGGUGCUACCGAGGAUGAGAUAAUUGCAGCAGCUAAUGCAGCCAAUGCACACAGCUUCAUAAGUUCUCUUCCAAAUGGUUAUGAAACCUCUGUUGGGGAAAGAGGCACACAACUAUCAGGCGGACAAAAGCAACGUAUUGCUAUUGCAAGAGCCAUGCUGAAAAACCCGAAAAUACUUUUGCUUGAUGAGGCGACAAGUGCACUUGAUGCCGAGUCAGAGCGUAUAGUUCAAGAGGCUCUAGACAAAGUGAGUGUGAACAGAACUACUGUGGUCGUGGCUCACCGUCUUACAACAAUUCGAGGGGCUGAUACUAUAGCAGUAAUUAAAAAUGGGGUGGUUGCUGAAGAGGGAAGACAUGAUGUGUUGAUGAAGAUUACUGAUGGUGUUUAUGCUUCUUUAGUAGCUCUUCAUUCAAGUGCAUCAUAA